AAAAGCUUAGAAAGAACAAACAGGUCAUGCAGCUAAUGACUAUAUUAGCAAUGCAAUUUCAGUAAAAUAAUACCUGAGUCGCAAAGGCUCCUUUUGUCGCUAUCCCAAUGCACAGUUGCAAGAUUCCCCCAAGCAUCCCGGCAAGAUGACCAUUGAUUAGGUUAUUUUAUUAGUAUAUAGGGACAAUACCAAUAGCUUUCCAAUGGGCCAAACAUUAGCUGAAUUCCUGUAACCCUUUUUAAAAAAUUAUAUAAAUGUCAAGUGAUUGAAUCUAUACAUAAAAUGCACGCACCUAUGCAUAGCAUCCUCAAUACAAGGGGCCCAAACCAAAAGUACCACCAAAGUUGUAAGCUGAUGGGCCAAGAAAUCAAGGCCACCCAGAAUGUUGCCCUCAUCAUCGGCGUCACCGGGCUGGUUGGCAAGGAGCUGGCCAGGAGCCUAACGAUGAGAUCUGAAUGGAAGGUCUACGGCAUCGCUCGCAGGCCGGAUGGUUUCCCCAGCCAAGGCUACAACUACUAUUUCAUCUCAUGUGACCUCCUAGAUCCUGUAGACACCAUGGAAAAGCUCUCCUUGCUAGAGGAUGUUACCCACAUCUUUUGGGUCACUUGGGCAAGCCAAUUCCCCUUGGGAAGCAAGGAGUGUUGCGAUCAGAACCAGGCCAUGAUGUCCAAUGUCCUCAAUGCAAUCCUCCCAAGAGCCAAAGCAUUGAAGCAUGUGUCCCUCCAAACAGGUACCAAGCACUACAUCCCAUCAGCUGCUCCUUUCGACAGUGGUGGAGUUGUUUACUACGAUGAAGAGAGCCCAAGGGUCCUUGAAAGUUACAACUUCUACUAUGCCCUGGAGGAUUUGCUCAGGGAGAGAUUAACCAGCAAUGUGGGAUGGUCGGUGCACCGCCCGGGGCUCUUGUUAGGCAGUUCUCCAAGGACUGCAUUUAACUUCAUGGGAAGCCUAUGCGUUUACGCGUCCAUUUGCCGGCAUCUAAGCCUCCCUUUUGUUGUAGGGGGUGCAAGGAUGUGUUGGGAGGAGGCGUAUAUAGAUGCGUCCGAUGCUCGGCUAGUGGCCCAGCAGCAUAUCUGGGCGUCCACUGAUGAUAGUGUAUCAUUGGCUAUUGGAGAGGCGUUCAAUGCGGUCAGUGGCUCACCUUUCACAUGGAAGGAGAUCUGGCUGGCUCUUGCAGCUAAAUUUCAAGUGUUCGUGCCUGAAGAAAUGUUCGUGCCGAGUUUCACAUUCUCAGCUGCAAUGCAUGAUAAGGGUCCAGUCUGGGAGGAGAUUGUGGAGAAAGAGGGACUCAAAAGGACACAAAUGGAGGAUCUUGCCAAUUGGUGGUUCAUGGAUGCUGUCUUUGGAUGCCCGGUGAAGAUAUUGGCGAGUCGGAACAAGGUAGAACGGCUGGGUUUUGGAACGAGUUUUGGGACAGUAGAAUCCAUCUUGUAUUGGGUGGAUUGCAUGAGGGAAGAGAAACUCAUUCCUUGACUUGAGAGGAGGCAGGAGAAUGUGGUGCACCACAAAGUCUCUCAACUCUUCUUACCAAACAAACAAAUGGGUGGUGAUA